CAGAGGGUUUGUGCCUGAACGGUUUCAUCUUGAAAUCACAAACAUUAUCUUUGGCAUUCAUCAGCCUGUUUAAUAACUGCAGUAUUCUUAUUGCAGGUCCUUUCUGCAUUUAUGGUCACAUGAUCGACAGCGCAGCAGGCCAGAUGCCGGUGAUGGAGGAGCUUGUCAGUGAGAGCAACAGCAUGCCAAAGCGGAUGGCUCUGAUCUGUUUCCUGUCUCUGGUCAUGCUGAUGAGCAUCCUGGGAAACAUGCUGGUGAUGGUGGCCGUCUGCAAGGACAGACAACUCAGGAAAAUCAAGACCAACUACUUCAUCGUGUCUCUGGCGUUCGCCGACUUGCUCGUAUCUGUACUGGUGAUGCCAUUCGGCGCCAUUGAGAUGGUCCACCAGCAUUGGAUCUACGGCGAGACCUUCUGCCUGGUCCGGACCUCGCUGGACGUCCUGCUGACCACUGCUUCCAUACUGCACCUGUGCUGCAUCGCCCUGGACAGGUACUACGCCAUCUGCUGCCAGCCGCUGGUAUACCGGAACAAAAUGACGCCCAUGCGAGUAGCUGUGAUGAUUGGCGGCUGUUGGGUCAUUCCCACCUUCAUCUCGUUCCUGCCCAUCAUGCAGGGCUGGAACAGCAUCGGCAUCGACCACGUGAUUGAGCAGCGGCGCUACAGUGAGGGCAGCAACUCCACAUCCUGUGUCUUCAUGGUCAACAAGCCAUACGCCCUGACCUGCUCUGUGGUGGCCUUCUACAUCCCCCUGUUCCUCAUGGUCCUGGCCUACCAGAGGAUCUACAUCACAGCGCGAGCACACGCCUUGCAAAUCAGCAUUCUACAGCGGGCGGGAGGAGCUGGGGCAAACGCACCGACUCAUUCUGGUGCCAGCCCCGCCAGCGGGAUGGCAUCAGACUCUGCUGACCACCAGCGCAACCACCGAAUGCGAACAGAAACCAAGGCAGCAAAGACUCUGUGCAUCAUCAUGGGGUGUUUCUGCCUCUGCUGGGCGCCGUUCUUCAUCACCAAUGUGGUGGACCCCUUCAUAGACUACACGGUGCCCGACAAGCUGUGGGCGGCCUGCCUGUGGCUGGGCUACAUCAACUCCAUGCUGAACCCCAUCCUCUACGCCUUCCUCAACAAGUCAUUCCGCCGUGCCUUCCUCAUCAUCCUGUGCUGCGGGAGGAAGAGGUACCGCAGGCCGUCCAUCCUGGGCACCAAUGCUCCCUGCACAGCGACACAGAUCAACGGCUCCGCACAUGUACUCAACGGCUGCUCCUCUGCCUCCAAGCUGCUGCUGUGGUUCUGCAACACCAGGCCCGUGCCUGUCUAGCUGCUGUUUGUGUCGAGCAUCUUCGAGCUCUAUCAAGUGAGUCUG